GUAGUCAUUCAUGUGGAUCCCCAUAAGGAAGGAUUAGAGAAUAUCUGAGCGUGUUGUUGUGUAACACAGAGCUCUUCUGAUGUUUGGGAGAUGGAAUUUCUCCUCUUGGGGAAUGGUUAUGCAGGAAGAAAUUUCCUAUCUGGAGUUCAGUGCCCUAUCCCUCUCUCUCCCUGUUAUAGGCCUGCAGAGCUGCAGCACCCAAUUGCCAUCCAAGCACGAUGCCGAUGCACUACGUGACGUACAAAGGCAUUAAAUUCCCUCCUGCCUACAACUCCGUGCACAGCUUGAGUUUUGCCCACAACGAGUUCCUGGUGCGGGACGAUGACGUCUUCAACAUCACCUACCCUAAAUCUGGCACCGUGUGGAUGACUGAGAUCCUGAGCCUCAUUCGCAGCCAUGGCCACCCCAGCUGGAACCAAACUGUCCUCAAUUCUGACCGCAUGCCUUGGUUCUCAACCCGCCUGGGUUUGGAGGCAGCCCUCAGCUACCCCUCACCUCGCCUGCUGACCUGCCACCUACCCAGGCACAUCUUCCCCAAGUCUUUCUCCCAUUCCACUGCCAAGGUGGGAUCAUAGAAUCCAAGGUAUAUCCAACAUAUCUCCUGUAUAUGCCUUUGUGGGGUGGGUGUUCAUGCAGUGUCUGAAGGGGAGCUUGGGAGGAUCAUUGCCCCCAUCUCACAUCUGCACCUUUGGAUAUUCUGGGAAUCUCCAGUGGCUCUAGGGAGCCUACGUAUUCCUCAACCCUUGCCUGAGAUCUACAUUAUUGAGUCGUGCACUGAAUUGAUCCUCCUUUGACAGACCCUUCCAUUUGCAGAUCUACCCCAGUGCCAUUGCCUGCAAUUUGUCUCCCUCUAUUCUGAGCAUCUUACUCCUGUAUGCACUCUCCCCCAGGUUGACUACACCCUACGGGAUCCUCGAGAUGUCAUUGUCUCCUACUUCUACUUCUGCCAGAUGUGCAACAGCUAUGAGGACCCUGUGUCCUUUGAGCAGUUCUUGAGAGACUUUCUUAGUGGAGAAUGUGAGUGUGGUUUGUGCUUGCUUGGAGCAUGCUGGGGGUUCCCCAUCACCUCUAUCUCUACAAUCUUUUCCUGUGGUCCACUGAUGAUGCCUGUGAAACGGAACAUCCUCUAAGAGAGAGGUGAAGUGCUCUGCAAGGCACAGAAAAAGCAUACAAAUUUGAUUUUUAAGUUGCCUGCCUUCUACAGAUUUCGUUUUUCUCUUGGAAGUCUUGGACAGCAGAGCUUUUAAAGCCAUGUCCCAGGACCCUGGCAUUCUUCCAUCCCCAACCCCUUUUCACCACGGUCUUUGUCUGUUCCUGCUCCUGUGGAAGUAGCAAGGAACCAUCAGCAGAAAGGUGGCUGGAGAAGACCCCAUUGCUCAUCUGCAAUAGCAG